CGCAGAGGCUCGCCCGGUGCAGGAGCGCUCGGAGCAACGCUAGCCAGUCUUCAACCUCGCCUGGAGGAAAUCGCAAACCGAGUAUCGGAGGUUUUGAAGACCCACCAAGAUUUCCCCGGGAUGUACCAGAUCAGCCGACAGUUCCCCGAGUUUCGAGACGUCUUGAACGGGCGAUUCAACGACGGAGGGAACGAUCCUGGGUACAACGAGCGAGUUCAUCUCCUCGAGAAGUUGAUGUACGUGGCGGGUACUCUGCGGGGCCAUGUUGAGUUGGUACUGGAGCAGCACGCCUACUGGAGAGCAAAGCUAUCAGGGGAGAAGUCAUCGAGACUGGCUCGCAGACUCGACUUUGAUCUAGCUGUCGACCCUGCGGCAGUGGGAGAGGAGCAGUCGGUGAACGAGACAGCUCUGGCAGCCAAGGACUCGCUGCAGAGAGAACUUCCCUCCUCAGACCAGACUUUCAAAGUUUCGGUGAGUCUGCCUCAAGAGCUCCAUGCAGCUCUGGCCCACAUCUGGGAGGAACAAAAGUUCACAGACGUGGACUUUCUCGUCAGUGGGCAGGUGGUCCCGGCCCACAAGGCAGUACUGGCGUCUCAGUCCCAGUAUUUCGAGAGCAUGCUCUACGGGAGCAUGAGAGAGGCGGCCAUGGAUGAGGUGGAGCUAAAGGAUGUCCCAGUGCCUGCCUUCCGGAAGGUUCUGCAGUUUGCGUACACUGGAUCUCUGGACAUGGAGAAUGUGGCACUCCAGAGCAUACUGGAGGUAUCGUCAGUGGCAGACAGAUUUGGAUUCGUGUCUCUCAAAGAGGCUCUGGGAGACCAGCUCUCACAGAACUACAUCUCCCUGGACACCGUCCUCCUCCUACUAGUCCACAGCGACAUAUACCAUCUCCAGCAGCUCCACAGCAGCUGUGUGGCGUUCAUCGAGAAUAAGGAGAACUCGGUCAAAGUUCUGCAGCAUCCCUCCCUCCUCCACCUCCCGAUGGAGUCCCUGGCAGCCGUCAUCUCUCGCGACACUUUCGUGGCUCCUGAAAUCGAGAUUCUUAGAGCCGUCCAGCGAUGGAAGAAGCGGAACGCUAAGGAAGUCAAGGAGAUUAGAGAGCUGCUAGAGUGCGUCAGGUUGAGUGAGUUUUCAUCUCCGGAGCAGAUCUUCAAGGAGGUGGAGCCAACUGGUUUGCUGGACUCUCAAACGAUCCUGGCUGGAAUCAGGACCAUUUGCAAACCCUGCUUGACCGAGAUGAGACCACGGGGAAAGAAAGAAAGCAACAACAACCUCUUCACAAAACCCAGGGUUGUCUUUGACUCCACCACACCCCCAGCAUUUGCCCAUCAACCAACUCGCCGACAACAGCACCGUUUUCAAGGUCCUCCUCCACAGUGCUGUGUGGCCGACACGGUCAUAUUGCUUGGGGAGGGUGGUGGUGUCUUCUACGGUCCACACAGAUACUCCAUGAUCAUUGCACUGGACGACCUGUACAUCAUAAACUGCCUCAGCAUAAAGGGGCUAUCCAAGUGUUUCUGAUGAGCAGCAGACUAACAAGUGUUUCUCCUACGAAGUCAGCAUCUCCAGAGACAAGCAGUCGUGGCUCAAGCUUUUCGACUAUUCCUCGUUUGCCUGUUGGGGGACCCAGGACCUACUCUUCCCUCGGCAAGCUGCCAGGUUUCUGCAGAUGGAGCUAAAGUGGAAGGAGGACAAAUCCGGCCAGCUUCCUCUCCAGUUUUCAUCUUGCUGCUUUGCUAGUGACCCCAGACCGUUCUCCUUCCUGGCCAAUGGAGUCAUCGGUCAGGAUUUACCUACCCUUUAAGUGUGGAUUUUUGCAACUUGUGCAAAUGUUUACAGGACAAGUUCAUUAUAAGCAUCUCCCUUGUGCCUCUACUUACAGUAAUGCAAAAACAGCUGUUGUAAUUUUGCCUAACUACAAUCAUUGGUCCUUUAAAGGUGUACGCAAUGUUGGAGCUUUUGCAAUACCACAAACAUCUGUCUUUGGCUUCUACUUGAAAAAAAACCUGCAUGCAAAAUACCACAGCCUUAAUAGUGUAGCAGAGUGAAGUGAGAAUGUGCAUCAAUAGCGGUUCUUCUCUCUAUGCAGCACCUCAGUAUGAGCGUAGUGUCGUGAGUGUUUCAUGGAGUGAGGGAGGUGGGGAGAGACAGACAGCCAUUGCUCACUUCAGACAGCCUUACUCUAUCUCCUUCCUAAGGUUCAGUUUGGAGUGUUCGGACCAGGAUGUUGAGAGUGUGGACAUCGGUGUGAGUGUGGGGCUGUUGGAGGCAGGGAAAGAAGAAGAAGGAAGACAGAAUGUCAACAGUGGCGGGAGGACAGGCUUGGGUCAUGUGCCAUUUGGUGGAGGUCUUGUAACCCCGGCAGGAGGUGGAGGGUUGUUUGGAGGUGGAGGGUUGCAGUUGGGUGGUGUGGGUUUAGGUUUGAAUCAGCCGGACACUGGUGCUGCUACUCGCCAGAAAAGGUUAAAAGGAGAAGUCAAACUGGAGGACUUUGAUAAGGCUCAAUUGAACUGCCCUCUCAAGCUGGAGAUGAAGGAGAAAACUGUCAACUAUGUGGUGGUUGAAAUCAGAAAGAUACACAAAAAGCAUCCAGCAGUGUCAUCUACCACAGAGCCAGCCUCUUCUGCCAGUGGGUCAUUGCCUUACAACCCAGCCACCUCAUCUGGAGCAGCCAAAUUGAUUACCCCUCUACCUGACCCGCCCACUACCACUUCUCAGAGACCCACUCCAAAGCCAAGAGGGAGUGUGGGGGAGGCAAUGGGUGGAGCUGGAGCAAUGCAUCCUACACUAGUUUUUAUACCUACUACAUUCGGUGGAACAAUGCAACCUGGGAGAAAAAUGAAACUUGGGGGACCAAUCACACCUACAUUCGGCAGAACAAUGCAACCUGAGGGAACAAUGGGACCAAUGAAACCAGCACUAGGUGGAAUAGGUCAUCCACGCAUCUCUCAACACUGUGACAUACAGGGACUACAGCCAAUGAAACCACAAUUAUUGGCACAAGUUGUGCCACCUGAUUAUGCUGCUACAGCUCAGCCACCCCAGCCCCCUCAAGACUACGAAACUUCUAGGCCUGCGCUUUUCAAGAUAGCGAAUGUGGUGGUGAAAUCGUCUAAAUAACUGCUUCUCGAUGCCUGUUAAGAUUGUGUUUAGCUAUAAUAUAUACAUGUACGUGAGUCUUGGACAAGGUGUAUAUCAAAAGCGUAAACGUAUUUUUUAAAAGUGUGCACAAGCAUCAUCUUAUGUAUAGCAUACCGCAUUACAGAAUGUCCCAGGAAAAUGUGAGUUGUGGAUGGCUUGAGGUAUGACAGGCACAAUGUCAGGAAUGUAUAGGCCAGAUCAGCAGAGCAAAGACUUCAGAGA